ACCACCACGGACGUGGGCCAUUUUUAGGCUCCUAUAUCUGUGGCGGGAAGAGUAAACGAGGAAGCUGCAAACAUUACCACUGAUUGGGCACCGAAUCACCCACCAAUUCCUCGUACCAAUGUCGUUUCUCGAAGAUUUUCAAGCUAAUUUGGAAUCAUUGCCAAAUAUGCUUCAAAGGAAGUACACAUUGUUGCGUGAUUUAGAUAAAAGUUUACAAGAUAUCCAACACCAAAAUGAACAACGUUGCGAACAGGAAAUAGAAGAAAUGAAGCACGAAAUCAAGUCUGGCAACAUUACGCCAAAUGCUUCAAAUAUCAGGUUCUCAGAUGAGGCACUUGAUGAACAAAAGCAUGCCGUCAGGAUUGCUGAUGAGAAAGUUGCAUUGGCCGUUCAAGCAUAUGAUUUGGUAGAUGCUCAUAUUCAACAACUUGAUCAAUAUCUGAGAAAAAUUGAUGAAGAGCUUCGGAGUGAAAGAGAAAGUGUUGCUGUGACAGGGUCAGCUGCUCAAAACCUCAACAGUAAUGUUAAAUCCCGGAGGGGCAGUGAGAGUGGAAGAGGAGGGCGUAAGAAAAGAAUAUAUAUGAAGUCUAAAGCGCCUAUUUGUGCAGGACUCGCCGAGGCACAGCAAAUGCAGCAGCAGCAACUGCAAAUCCAACCAGUAUGGAUUUGGAUCUACCAGUGGAUCCCAAUGAACCCACAUACUGUUUCUGCAACCAAGUGAGCUAUGGAGAGAUGGUUGGAUGCGACAAUCCUGAUUGUAAGAUAGAAUGGUUCCAUUAUGGCUGUGUUGGUCUGAAAGAACAACCCAAGGGAAAGUGGUAUUGUUCGGAAUGUGUUGGGAUGCAAAAUCGUAGGAAAGGCAAAUGAUUGGAGGCAUUGGUUUCAGUAACAUAUACAUUAGGGAUGUUCAGCUUUACUCUGAUGUUAUUUAUUGUUGAACACCACAGUACUUUGAAACAACAAAUUUUGAGGUAUGUUAUGAAAUAUUUGGAUUGGUUAAUCUCUUUAAAAGUUUUGUACACAUUAAUUCACCUGAUUAUAUCUUUUACUAUUAUAUUGGGAAGGUUGUGGUUCUCAACCAAACAUGUGCUUCUCUCUAGGUUAUAUUUUCUUCCUAGUUUGUAAACAGGAAUAAUUUUUUGUGUGCCAAGAAUUUUUCUGGCCUUUCAAUUUCACCUAUCUCAUUCCAAUA